AUGCCAAUGAAGAGAACAAGUUGCAGCCCAACAAGAGAUGCUACUUGCCAUCUGUUACAACCACUUGCUUCCAAGAAGAUCUGCUGUGCGGCCGAGGAUCUCACACUGGAUCUCACAACUGGAUGUGUUCAAUCACUGUGUGGUCAUGAUUUGCGCAGUAAUUCAUUUUCCAGGUUUGAUGAGGAGGAAGAUUCGGGAAUUAAAUCAGAAGCUGAUGAUAGCAAUGGAUCUAUAUCAUCUGAGGAAGACCUGGACACCUUAGAGUAUGCCAAGACUCUAGCUUUCAAAGAGUCUGUGCCCAAGAAAAGCAUCAGUCAAAUCAUCAAAGACAAAAAGAAACAGACUCAGCUGACCUUGCAAUGGCUUGAGGAAAACUACAUUGUAUGUGAGGGUGUCUGUUUGCCACGAUGCAUCCUAUAUGCCCAUUACUUAGAUUUCUGCCGCAAGGAGAAGUUGGAUCCUGCCUGUGCUGCCACUUUUGGGAAGACAAUACGACAAAAAUUUCCACUGUUAACAACCAGAAGGCUUGGCACACGGGGCCAUUCAAAGUAUCAUUAUUAUGGGAUUGGCAUUAAAGAGAGCAGUGCCUAUUAUCAUUCAGUAUACUCGGGAAAAGGCCUAACCAGAUUUUCUGGAAGCAAACUCAAAAAUGAGGGAGGAUUCACGCGUAAAUAUUCUCUGAGCUCAAAAACCGGAACUUUGCUGCCAGAAUUUCCAAGUGCACAACAUUUAGUGCUUCAUGGUUCAAUAUCAAAAGAGAAGGUAGAUACCUUAAUUAUGAUGUACAAAACACACUGCCAGUGCAUCUUGGACAAUGCCAUCAAUGUGAACUUUGAAGAGAUCCAAAACUUCCUGCUGCAUUUCUGGCAGGGAAUGCCCGACCAUCUCCUGCCCCUCCUGGAGAACCCCAUCAUAGUUGAUAUUUUCUGUGUGUGUGAUUCCAUCCUUUACAAGGUUCUCACCGAUGUCCUUAUCCCCGCCACAAUGCAGGAAAUGCCUGAGAGUCUCUUGGCAGAUAUACGGAACUUUGCCAAAAACUGGGAAAACUGGAUGGUGUCAUCUUUAGAAAAUCUUCCAGAGCUGCUAUCAGAAAAAAAGCUGCCCAUUGCACGACAGUUUGUGUCCUCUCUGAAGAGGCAGACGUCAUUCCUUCAUCUUGCCCAGAUUGCCAGACCAGCAUUAUUUGACCAAAAUGUGGUUAACUCCAUGGUUGCAGAUAUUGACAAGGUGGAUUUGAACAGCAUUGGGUCCCAGGCAUUCCUUACCAUAUCAACUGGUGACAAAGACUCCGAGCUGUACUCAGAGUAUGAUUCUGUCGCUGUGUUCCAAGAUUUGAAAGACCUCCUGAAGAAAAAUGCCACAGUUGAGUCUUUCAUUGAAUGGCUGGACACUGUAGUUGAACAAAAAGUGAUCAAGCCUAGCAAGCAAAAUGGGCGGUCAGUGAAAAAGAGAGCACAGGACUUCCUUCUCAAGUGGAGUUUCUUUGGAGCUCGAAUCAUGCAUAGUCUCACACUGAACAAUGCUACAAGUUUUGGCUCUUUUCACCUCAUUCGAAUGCUCUUAGAUGAAUAUAUUCUCUUGGCUAUUGAGACACAAUUCAACAAUGACAAGGAGCAAGAUCUUCAGAAUCUCUUGGAAAAAUACAUGAAAAAUGCAGAUGCCAGCAAAGCAGCCUUCACUGCAUCUCCUAGCUCCUGCUUCCUGGCCAAUCGUAAUAAAUCCAGUGUUCUCUCCGGCGAUUCGUCUGUUAAGAAUGAGUCACACAUAGAUAACCCGUACAUGUCUCUCAGUGGCAGUCAGCAGGUCGUAGGAGCAAAUAUGGUGGUGUUCCAAGGCACAGACUCGGAUGGCUUUCCCCUCUCUGGUCAGCUGGACUUCUCUCAGGGCAGUGGUCCUCUCAUGACCCCUCCAGUGUCCCCGGCCCUCGUGAACAGAGGCAGUGUCAUCAACCAGGGCCCCAUGGCGCCUCAGCCCCACCUCCCCUGCCAGGCCUGCCCAGAUGCCGUGUACCAGGGCCUGGCUCUGGCCAACUCCGGCUUCUACCCACCCUCCACCACAUACCAGCCUGCAUUCAGGCCCCAGGCCCACAGCCAAAUGCCAGCGUACUCAAUGCGUUCAGACGGAGGCCGCUACACCCCCUUUGGCGAGCAGCCAGUGGCGAAGGACUGCUUCAACACCAGUUGUGUGGUGUCUUCGUAUAACCCCCGGGGGGCAGUGGGUUACAGUGCUACGCCGGACGCAGCGGUGGAGGCCCAGGGGGUGCAGCUCCUGGACUCUGGAGGGUACAGCUUUGUGAGCAGCGGUCUGAAUGGAGGAGCCUGCCAGGGUCUGACCUACACCAGCACAGGAUCAAGUGGUUACUAUGGCAGCGGCAAUUACCAUGAUGCCCAGAGGAUGGGCUCCAUGAUUGACCAGCAUGUGUCUGUCAUCAGUAGCGUCAGCACCAUACGUUCCGUCCCAACGUACGCUGAUGUCCACGACCCGCUCAACAUCCUGGAUGACGCCAUCCGAAAGCCUGCUGGCUCCUAUUACAAUGAGCAGCCCUCCCUGGUCAGCCGCUCCUCUGGAGGUUCAUCUGUGGUCCCACCCCUCCCAUCCUCUGUCUCCACUCCCUGCAUGUAUGGAACGUCCUCACAGUACCAUUCCCAGGAUGCACUGCUCUCCCACCAGGGCUCGUCUGAUGUCCGGCAAAUAGUGUCCUCACUCCCCCCCAUCAACACUGUGUUUAUGGGCUCAACGGGAGGCCCUGCGUAAUUGACCCACAGAGACCACCCAACUGAAACACUUCUAUCAGUGCAUGCAGGUGAGACCCUGCUCUACAGAGAUGCUGCAGUCAAAUAUUUGUUAGUAGAUAAACUGUAGCCUGUCACUGUUGGAGGUUACAGAGGAUUUUCUUUGCAAUGCAAGAAUGGAAAUGGGAGAUUGGAAGUGUGUAGCACAUGAACUGGCUGUUAUAUAUUUAAUCACUAGGCUAUAUUAUUUCAGAGGUGUGUCUGUAGCAUCAUGUAAAUAGGUUGGUAAGAUUUGUACUCACUUUGCUGAGAACUUGUUUUUU